AUGAGCGGAGAGGUUUUAAGCACUACUACGCUAUGGAGAUAUGUGACUAAGAAGGAUAAAGUUAAAGGUGGUGGCUCUGGAAUUAGAAUAUGUCCAAAGGUCAGAGAACAUAAACUUCAGGAAAUGAAACAAUUGAGUGAUGAAGCUGAGGCCAGAGCAAAAGCAUCUAAGUUUAAAAGUGUGCCUCUGCCAACAUGUGGAUCAGGUAGUGGUUUUUCUUUUGCGUCAAAUUCUUCAUCACUUGUUGAAGAUCCUAGGAAGAAUAAAAGAGGGGUUGAGAGCCCAAUAGAGAAAUUGUAUAAUGCUACCAGACGUGAAGAAAUGGAUAGCAUAAUUGCACGGUUGUUUUAUGCAGCUGGCUUGCCAUUCCAUCUUUCUAGGUGUCCAUAUUAUAAAGUUGCAUUUAAUUUGGCUAGAUCAGAUAGUAAAAGCAUUCAAGGUUAUAUUCCGCCGGGUUAUAAUAAACUAAGAACAACUCUUUUACGGAAGGAAAGAGAACAUGUUGAGAAAGAGCUAGAACCAAUUAAGAGCACUUGGAAAGAAAAAGGUGUGAGUAUUGUGACCGAUGGAUGGACCGACGAACAACGAAGACCCCUCAUGAACUUUAUGGCUGUUUCAGAGGCUGGUGAAAUGUUUAUUAAAGCAGUCAACACUCAAGGGUCAGUGAAGGACAAAGAGUACAUUUCUAAGUUGAUCAUUGAGACAAUUACGGAAGUUGGGCAUCAGAAUAUCGUGCAAGUAAUCACGGACAAUGCACCAGUUUGUAAGAGUGCAGGGCUACUUGUAGAAGGUCAGUUUAAACACAUUUUUUGGACUCCAUGUGUAGUACACACACUGAACCUUGCUUUAAAGAAUAUAUGUCAUCCGAGAGAUAUUCGAACUAAUGUUUUAGUAUAUGAAGGGUGUGCUUGGAUUAGUGAAAUUAUUGCUGAGGUGGUACUGAUCAGAAACUUCAUCACUAAACAUUCCAUGAGAUUAGCCAUGUUUAAUGAACAUGUGGAGUUAAAAUUAUUCACACUUGCAGAGACACGUUUUGCCUCUAGUAUUAUAAUGCUUCAAAGAUUUAAAGAUGUGAAGCAAGGACUCCGUAACUUGGUAAUUUGCAAUCAAUGGUCAUCAUAUAAAGAUGAUGAUCCUAAUCAAGCAUUGUUUAUAAAAGAGAAGUUGUUGGAUGAUGAUUGGUGGAACACUUUGCAGUAUGUUAUUGAUUUUACAAAACCUAUCAUAGAAAUGCUUAGAUUAUGCGACACAGACGAGCCUUGUCUUCACUUGGUUUAUGAAAGGUGGGAUCGAAUGAUAGAUGAGGUAAAAAGCAUUAUACAUCGCCACGAGGGCUUACAAGAAUAUGAUAUUUCACCAUUUCAUAUGGUGGUGGACGGGAUUUUAACAGAUCGUUGGAGUAAAAGUAGCACACCACUUCACUCUUUGGCACAUUCAUUGAACCCAAGUCGUCAGUGGCUUGAUGAACGUCCAGGGCGUGUUCCACCACAUAGAGAUCUUUUGAUUGCAGGUCAAAGAUUGAAGUGUUUCGAGAGGUAUUACGAUGCGGAUGAGUUAAGAGAAGUUAACAUUGAGUAUGCUAAGUUUUCAUCUUGCCGUGAAGAAUUUGCAAAUGCAAAUACCAUAAAUGAUAGAUGA